ACAGAAAAAAAUGAAUUCCAAAAAAAUGCAAUUUCUCGUCGGAUUUCUUCUCCAGCUUCAGCAUCCCGCACUCGUUUGGUCAUGCGGAUCUGAUAUUUCAGGUUCAUCAUCUGCCACUUCGGAGUUUGGUAUUUCAUUUUUUGCACCACUUGCCUAUACGUACCCUCCAAAUGAAGCUGACCUGUUUCCCGGGCAAUCUUUAACUGUUGAGCAAGCAAGUCAAAAGGUGAAAACGGACUUGGACUUGGCUAUAUCAAAAGCUCUAACUGUCAACCAGCUUUACCUCUCAACACCUCCAACCGUCAACUUUACAUUUGUCCCCCAAAAAGUGCAAAUUGCCGACGGAGAAGUGUGUUUUACCGACGGAACAAGUAUCGCAAUUUCUGGAACAAUUGUCUAUAAAUGUUCAAUUGGAGGUGGAAGUACGGUAGCGCCGGUUUCUGGAGCCACGACACAGACCUUAGCUCCAACCACUGUGGCAACCACUACUAAAUCCGAGGAAGACAUUCGCUUUAAACGUGCUCUACCGCGAGAACGUGCCGCUGCUGGGGUCAGUGCUCAGCCGUUUGUUCAAUCAAUGACCGUAACUGCAACUGCAAGUCAGCCACUUUUUGAGAAUCAAUGGAAACAAAUCGGGCGGUCCGUUCAAUCUGCGCUGGAGGCUAAGAAGCUGUUGUUCAACGAUGAGAUUUCUGUUAACUUGCUUUGAAUUUUUUUUCUCAAAAAAUAUAUGUACAAUUGGAAAAUUAUGUAAAUCAACAAUAAAUCAAAAUAACUCUA